UUCAACCCACGAUCCAUGAUAAAUUACCCGACCUAUACCCAACUUGCCACAAGACGGGUAUAACUCGCCCGGAACCUGUCCAUUGACAUUCCUACUUAUGUGUGCGGGCUGAAUCAGAAAAUCCGUCCAUCUUAGAUACAAUUUAAUUUGUUAUGGCUCCGCCCUCAAACCAGUAAAGAUAGACUUAUCCUUUGAUUUUCACCCCCAAUUACGACCAAGUCAAUUCUGGGUAAAAGUUAGCUAGGGUGGAUAGUAAAUAUAAACAAAACGGAAUCUCUCCCACAAAAAUUAAUCCCGCAAAAAGCGAGAACGGUAUCAACUAUACCCUCGCAUAACUUGCCAAGUGUUGGUUGAAAUUCCUGAGGUAGCAACCACGUGUCAGAUCUCUCGCUUCCCAGAAUCCACGUAGCAAAAGCUCCUCCUGCAUGUCCCAUGCAGAUAUAUCAUCACAAUUAAUUUAAUUAAUUUAAUAUAUUUAAACAUAACCCCGAUCCAUUUAUUGCCUCUUUGUUCAAAACUUAUGAGAAUAGAGAGAAAUCAAAGAAAAAAAAUGAGCCAGCAGCAGCAGGCGAUAAGGUACGGGGAUCUGUUCGAGGUGCAAGGGGAGCUGGCGGAGAAGGCGGUGGCCCCGAGGGACGCCGCCAUGAUGCAGACGGCGGAGAACACCCUGACGGGACACACCCAGAAGGGAGGCGCCGCUGCCGUCAUGCAAUCCGCCGCGGCCAAGAACGAGAGGGCUGGCUUCGUCUGCCACGGGGACGCCAGCGACGUCGCCGAUGACCUCGGGGUUAGCGCCACCGAGACCGAUUUCCCAGCCGGGAGGACCGUCAUCACCGAGUCCGUCGGCGGCCAGGUCGUGGGGAAGUUUGACCAGGGCGGUUCCGCCGUGGCGGCGGGGACACAGGGCGGGGGCUGCGGAGGCGGCGUGACGAUAGGGGAAGCCCUGGAAGCGGCGGUGCUGACGGCAGGGAAGAAACCAGUAGAGCGGAGCGACGCGGCAGCCAUACAGGCGGCGGAAGUGAGAGCCACGAGCCGGACCACCAUCGUCCCCGGCGGGAUUGCCGCGGCAGCUCAGUCGGCGGCCACCUUCAACGCUAGGACCACCAAGGACGAGGAGAAGACCACUCUCGCCGAUGUCCUCUCGAACGCGAAAGCAAAGCUGCCGGCGGACAGGCCGGCGACUAGGAAGGACGCAGAAGGGGUGGCGGGGGCAGAGAUGAGGAACGAUCCGUUCCUCACCACACAUCCGACAGGGGUGGCGGCUUCUGUCGCGGCGGCUGCUAGGCUGAACCAGCAAGCCCUUCACAACAAAAACAAUAACAUCGACGACAUUGUACAAUAAUUGUUGUUGGGGUUUUUUUUUUUAAUGCAAACUUGUGAGUUUUGCUUUUUUUUUCUUCUUUUUUUUAGCAAACGGACGAGAUGAUGCCUCGUAGCUGCAAUGUUUGUUUUCCGAUCAGUACAUAUGAAGAGUUGAUUUCCUUUCAUGUGGGAUGUGCAUUCUAGUUUUAUUCCUUAAUUUGCCUUUUUUUUUUAUGUCGAGCACGGUGUAUUCAAACGGUUAUAAUAGUCAGCGGCCGAUCAUUAUUACUGGACACGUCAAAAAUAAAUAAAUAAAUAGAUUAAAAUUUU